AUGUCCCAGCGACCCAUGUUUGCUACAGUAACGGUCGCCGUCUGCCAUUGUGGCGCCGGCUGUUUGCUCGGGGAUAUCGUUGGGGAAUGGCUCGUGUAUGGGACAGAUGCAAAGAUCAAUGGGCACCAUCUAUGGGUGUCCUAUUUGGUCGAUUAUGGGUUUGCGCUCUUGUUUGGAAUCUUCUUCCAGUACUUCUCAAUAGCUCCGAUGUCUGGGCAAUACGGCCCCGUAACCGUCUGGCGCGCUUUGAAAGCAGACUUUUUGUCUUUAACCUCCUUUCAAGUCGGUCUCUACGGAUGGAUGGCCAUAUACCAGAUAGCCAUCUGGAAUUUCGACCUGCGAACAAACAACGUGGUUUAUUGGUGGAUGAUGCAGGUGGGCAUGUUCUUGGGCCACUGGACCGCAGCCCCGAUGAACUGGCUUCUCAUAAAGUAUAAUGUCAAGGAGCCUUGUGCGUAA